UCUCAGACGUUCCUUGGCUGAAAAAGAGGUAUCCCUCCGCUGGGGUCGUCACCCCCGGGGUGCGCGCAAGUGUUUAUCCCCCACAGGGUCAGCGAAGCCGCUGGCGGCGGCGGCGGCCUCCCCGUUGGCGGUUUCGCCCCGAUUUAGAGACUCCCCCCCCCCUCCUUGCUUCCCGUACGUUCUCGGGUAGUGUAAGACCCGCCGACUUCCAGCACGGAGGAGCUUGCCCGUCUCCUUUAAGAGGGGAGGCUGGGCUUCCCGUGACCUCUCCGUGCGCCCGCCCCUUCCUGGUUGCCAUAGCGAUUGGCCGCUGGCGUCCUAAAAUGGCGUCGCUCCUCACAGACACUUUGUUUGAGGCGCGAGGGCAGGCCCCGGCGCCCAGCAAAGACUUCUACCAGCUCCUUGUCACCAAAACGGAGGUAAUUUUCAGGUGGUGGAAAAUUUCUCUUCGGAGUGAAUUUCGCGAAGCAAGACCUGGAGAACUUAGAGAAACUCAUGACGACUUCCUGGAUGACCCUUCUCUCCAAAUUCAAAUAGCCAUCGUGUUUGGAGCAGAUACUCUGGAUCAUAUCUUCAACAUGUGCCGGGGGAAUUAUGAUUUCCUAGUGCGACUUCCUGAUCCAUUGCUUUUGUACAUCAUGUCCUAUUUGGAUCUUGAAGAUAUUGCCAGACUUUCUCAAGUAUCUCACAGAUUUGAAACGUUAUGCAACUCUGAUAAACUAUGGGAAAUGAUUGUACAAAAUUUAUCGGGCAAAAUUACCACAGAAAUGAGGUCCCUGGCACAAGAGGUGGGCUGGAAGCAGUUCUUCUUCACUAACAAGAUUCAACUGCAGCUCCAACUCAGAAGAAGAAGACAGAUGAAAACUGAAUCAUCAGAUAGCCUGUCAGAUUAAAGGAGUGCUUUUCCUAGCUGGUGGUAACAACUCUAA